AUGCGUGAAAGCUUCGACAGUAUUCGGCCAAGUUCGGCGAGUCCUCGUGCAGAGAACAACAAUGUUAGGCUGCCUCCCUGUAACACACACCACAAAGCUAACGUCACCUACGUCAUCCCACAGUACAGUCUAGGGAGAGGUCCGAGCACUGCAUACAAGAAAAUUAGAUGGGCCGUAGCCUUGGCUAUUCAUCUCAACAUGGGGACCGUGGCGAUGCCCAUUGAGGGACACAAGACGCAGCACAAAUCGUCUCCAAUCCGUUUUGAGGACACAUUCGACCUAGACCGUCUUCGUCAACUUAUUCCAGUUAUCUCACCAGAAGAGAUUGCGUGUGUAUGCGACACGAGUCUACAAAAUGACGCCAUACGAAUGGUGGACUAUAACAAGAAUAGUCCUCACCUUCGCUUUGAAGUUGUAGAAUUGUAUCCUUCUUUAAAGUAUCUCGAUUCACAUCUACCUGCUUUCAACAAUUUACUGAAUGUGACCAUGUCUCAAAAAAACGUCCAUAUACGAGAUGUUGAUUUCAAGACAAUAUAUGCCUCGCGUCCAUGUAUUAAUAUCAUACCUUAUGAAAUGAACUUUAAAGACAAAAAUGAAGUGCAUAAAUUAGUUGAUCAGUAUCUGGUCAGAGUAAAGUACAUCCGGGAUAUUGCAAAGCUUAUUGUGAACAAUAUUUGUGGUGGGAAUUUUGCCGUGAUGCACUGGAGAAAUAAAACGGGUGAAAGGUGUGCGUUAUUUGACAUGUGCUCAACAACACACUUUGCACAUCUUCCCGGUCUGGCAGACAGUGUUGUACCAUUGAUAGUUACUGGAGUUAUCAAUAUCAUGAAGGCAAACAAACAAACAUGUCUAUAUAUUGCAAAACCUAACUAUGAACAAGCCAUUGUCCAAGUUUUUAGGAAUUCGUCCCUUAUGGUCUACACUUUAGAAGACAUUAUUGAAACUAUACCAGACCUCAGGAAAUAUAUACACGAUGAUUACGUAAUAUCACUUAUAGAACAAGAGAUUGCCGAACGAGUACCUCUGUUUAUCAGUUCCAGAUCAUCUAAUUGGUCAUUCUACGUGGAAUAUACUCGACAUAUACGACACAUGAAAACUAUAGGACUAGAUGAAAUACCAGGAUUACCGAAGAAUAUCACGGAAAAAUACAAUCAGAUUAUUUGA